UUGAAAGCGGGUUUUUGACCGAGGCUGUAAUCCUUCAGUGCAUGUUCACCAUAGUCGCGGAGAGUCUGCAGCAGGUUCGUCAGCAGCUUAAGAAGCUUGAGGAACUGGAGCAGAAAUACACCUACGAACACGACCCAAUCACGAAAAACAAGCAAGGGCUAUGGGACCGCACCUUCAGCCUCUUCCAGCAGCUCAUUCAGAACUCGUUUGUGGUGGAAAGGCAGCCUUGCAUGCCAAUGAAUCCUCAGAGGCCAUUGGUCUUGAAGACUGGGGUCCAGUUCACCGUGAAGUUGAGAUUGUUGGUGAAAUUGCAAGAGCUGAAUUAUAAUCUGAAAGUCCAAGUCUUAUUUGAUAAAGAUGUGAAUGAGAGAAAUACAGUAAAAGGAUUUAGAAAGUUCAACAUUUUGGGCACACAUACGAAAGUAAUGAACAUGGAGGAAUCCACCAAAGGAAGUCUGGCAGCAGAAUUCCGACACUUGCAACUGAAAGAACAGAAAAACGCGGGCACCAGAACUAACGAGGGCCCUCUCAUCGUUACUGAAGAGCUUCACUCCCUUAGUUUUGAAACCCAAUUGUGUCAGCCUGGUUUGGUCAUUGACCUUGAGACGACCUCUCUGCCCGUCGUGGUGAUCUCCAACGUCAGCCAGCUCCCGAGUGGCUGGGCCUCCAUCCUGUGGUACAACAUGCUGGUGGCGGAGCCCAGGAAUCUGUCCUUCUUCCUGAACCCACCUUGUGCAUGAUGGUCUCAGCUUUCAGAGGUGCUGAGUUGGCAGUUUUCUUCUGUCACCAAAAGAGGUCUCAAUGUGGACCAGCUGAACAUGCUGGGAGAGAAACUUCUUUGUCCUAAUGCUGCCCCCGAUGGUCUCAUUCCGUGGACAAGUUUCUGUAAGGAAAAUAUAAAUGAUAAAAAUUUUCCUUUCUGGCUUUGGAUUGAAAGCAUCCUUGAACUCAUCAAGAAACACCUGCUCUCUCUCUGGAAUGAUGGGUGUAUUGUGGGUUUUAUCAGCAAGGAGCGAGAGCGCGCUCUGCUCAAGGACCAGCAGCCGGGAACCUUCCUGCUGUGCUUCAGCGAGAGCUGCCGGGAAGGGGCCAUCACGUUCACGUGGGUGGAGCGGUCCCAGAACGGAGGCGAACCUUACUUCCAUGCGGUUGAACCCUACACGAAGAAAGAACUUUCUACUGUUACUUUUCCUGAUAUUAUUCGCAAUUACAAAAUCAUGGCUGCUGAAAAUAUUCCAGAGAAUCCCCUGAAGUAUCUGUAUCCAAAUAUUGAUAAAGACCAUGCCUUCGGAAAGUAUUACUCCAGGCCAAAGGAAGCACCAGAACCAAUGGAACUUGAUGGCCCUAAAGGAACUGGAUACAUCAAGACUGAAUUGAUUUCUGUUUCUGAAGUUCACCCUUCUCAACUUCAGACCACAGACAACCUUCUCCCCAUGUCUCCGGAGGAGUUUGACGAGGUGUCUUGGAUGGUGGGCUCUGUGGAAUUUGACAUGUUGACUGCAGUAUAGAGCAUGAAUUUUACUCAUCUUCUCUGGUGACAUUUUUCCUUCCCAUCUGUGAUUCCCUCCUGCUACUCUGUUCCUUCACGUCCUGUGUUUCUAGGGAAAUGAAAGGCCGACAGAUUUGCUGCAACCUGUUAAUAGCAAGUGGAUUUUUCCCUAAUUCAGAAACACCUGUUACUUUGAAGGGCUUCAUGCAUCUUAUUAAAGGUAAAAUUGAAAGCCCCUCUCCACAGAUGGGUUUUACAAAUGAAAAACAUCCAGAUACACCCAAAACAUCAGGACUAGAAUGAGAGUCCCUUGGGAAAGGUGAGAAGUUUAGCAGCAUCUGGCAAAUGCUAUGCAUACAGUCAGUGCCCAACUGUUAUAGGUUGUUGGACAGAUCACAUGGUUAUUUAGGGGACUUCUUGAUGUAGGAUUGGCAAAUUUCUAGUCUGGAUAAUUCUUAUUUGUUCUCUCUGCUUUAAAUAUGGAAGUUUUCCAUUGGUUUACCUAUGUGAAAUAGUUCAAAGCUAAGUUUAUUUAGAAUUACAUCAACUCUUUUUAAAGGUAGCCAUCUUGUAUCUGGGCAGGGGAUAAACGUUGUGUUCUUUAUUUUAUUACAUCUUCCACACUGGCCAUUUAAAGCUAAAGGCAAAUUCUCUCUCUUGAGAGAAUUAGCCUUUCUGUUUGUUAUGGGUUUACGAUACUGGCUAAUAUCAAUAGAAGAAAGUACAUUUUCCAAAUUUAUGAGUAGUGUUUUCUGUUUAAACUUUAAUAUCCACAGCUGAAUAUAUUCUGCCUUCAUCAUGGUAACUAGUAAUGAAAUUGCCUUCACAGUUCUCUCAAGGGAGCCAGGCUGUUAACAACAGCUCUCUGAGGCAAAUCUUGUUCCUUUCAAAAAGUUGAAAUUAAUCACAGACGUAGACAAACUCAGAAAUUUAAUUUAUGUUUCUUAAAUGGGGUAAUUUGUCUUCAUUGUUAUUAGCUGGUAUUUAGUCUGUUAGUCAUAAACUUUUCAAAUUGAGAGGAAAAAAUAGUAACUGACAAAUCAUUAACCAGAGAUAAUAUGAGAAUCAAUAAUUUGAAAACUUGUCUGUGUAACUGCAUUGAGAAUUGCAUAUUUUUCACUGAUAAGUGUGUUUCUCUGACAAAUACAUUUGCAAAUAGUUC